UUAUAAUUAAUUUUUAAAAGAAUUUAUCGAGAAUUUAUAUAAGUCGUAUUUAAAUCUUUCCCGAAUCUAUAAACAUAAACAUUUGAGCCUAUAUAAAACGACGCAUCGACGAGUUGGACCCAUCAAUCGCUGAGAGUCACCGAACAAUCCACGUCAUCAAUAAAUCAAAUUUCGUGAGUAAUUUUUUAAAAGUCUUCCAACGUUAAUUGUGCGGAUUGUUAACUAAAAAAUCAUAAAAAGUGAAGUGUAAGAAUAUUCCAUAAUUAAAUUUUUUAUUCGAAUUUCUUAAAGAUCAUGCAAUCGUCAACCAACACCAUAACCGUUUCGAUCAACAUACCGAGACCGUGGCUUUCGGCGUGCCCAAGAAUGCUUUUGGAGAGUAUCCUACGACGGGCGCUACGAUCAUACAUCGUAGCAGAUAACGAUGUUUCUGUGAAAAUCGCUGGGAUUGAGGCCCAAUUGAUCGAAGGAUAUCACGGUGAAUUUUGGUUUGUACCAAAUAAUUUCCUCAACGAGGAAAACGAUGAUGACGACGUCAUCGUAGUCAACAACGAAGACGGCGACGACAAUGUCAUCGUAGUCAACAACGAAGACAGCGACGAAGACGAUGAUGACGACGACAUCGUAGUCAACAACGAAGACGGCAACGACAAUGUCAUCGUAGUCAAUGACGAAGACGACGACGAAGACGAUGAUGACGACGUCAUCGUAGUCAACAACGAAGACGGCAACGACAAUGUCAUCGUAGUCAAUGACGAAGACGACGACGAAGGAAUCGUGGUCAACGAUGAAGACAACAACGACGACGUAGUUGUACUCAAUUAAUAAUGUAUUAUCAACUGCGGAUGGCUCGUACCACGAUCGUCAUUAUCAUCAUGAUCAUGAUUCUGAUGAUCAUCAUCAUCGUCAUUCACAGAAUCAUCGCGAAAAAAAUA